GAGAAAUAAGGCCCAGAAGGUGGGUCUCAGGCAACAAUGACGCCCAGUUGAACGCGACGGCUCUCUUCGCGUGUCCAAAAGUGCACGAGCUAUUUAACAGAGUUUACAUUCGUAAAAAUUGUUUCGAUAUCAAUAUAUCGACCUGGAUUUAUUACACACGCUGUCUAUAGAUCUGGUUAUCGUAAUAUCAUUGUCUCGAUCUUUAAGCAUUAAGAAUUUAAUUUGCAGCCCUAUUUAUGCAAAAUAUGUUACGUGGAGCAUUUUAAUGCUUAAGCUCUAGUGUAUAAAUUCUUGGAUCAAAAAAAUCGACGUUUUGUGAUACAAUGUGACGUAAAUUUAAGUGAUUUUCAACUCUGAAAAAUUUUGAGUGUGAAAAUGUGCGAGUGUGGUGACGAGUGUUCCGAGGACACGAAGACGCGGGAACUUCAAGAUGUCCUAUCUCAUUAGAUCUAAAGAAACGUUCGAUUGAGUAAAUCUAAGACGAAGCCUUAGUGAGAAAAAUUCUGGACGAGAUUAAGAUUCGAACGCCUGAGAUGGCUACCCUCGGUCUCUCCAAAGUCUUCAUAUUGGACAAGUAUUUUACUGAGCUACAGAAGUUCUGGGAAACCGAAAAGAAGCUACAAGAUGCUUCCUCAUCGAACGAAGCGGUGCACUUACAGCAGCGCCUGCGGAGCCUCAGCACGGAACUGGUGACCCUGAGGAACCGGCUGCACGUAAGCCAACCGACAGGCGCAUCAGGGCCGACGGGUGCUACCUCCGGACCCCUAUCGAAGAGCCCGGAAAAGGGUGGCGGACCCGCCUCGCCUGCGCCCGCAGUUCCACCGCGGACCCUACCGCCUGGUGGCACAGUAUCUCAUGGAAUCGGUCAUCCCGCGGGUCACACAUUGACAGCUUCCGUGAUUGUUCAUCCGCACGUCAAUCAUGCUAGCGCAAACACCCUCAACCAUAACUCAACCGCUACAAAUAAUUUAAUAUCUGAUCUGGAUCCUUCGAAGCGUCAUAACGGAGUACCUGAUGAUGGAAUAGUAUCUUGCGUGACAGCGCUAGGAUGCCUUCGAUCACCGCCAAUUUCCAGCAUUAUCGCCGAUGUGAAAAACGCGAGAAGUAAUCAAAAUCAACAUCGAUGUCUCCCAAAAGCUACCGCGUCUUCGCCCAGCCCUACGAAUGUGGGUCCCAUAUUGGUCUGCGUAAAUCCUUACACCGAUGUCGGAAAUCCGUUAACCUUAACGAGCACCAGGUCCGUACUAUUAGCACCUCAGUUGAACAAGGUCGUCCAGGAAGCCGUGAGACAGCAAUCGGAGACCGGGUAUCCGCAGGCGAUUAUUCUUUCUGGGACCAGCGGUUCCGGAAAAACCUACGCUUCAAUGCUGUUACUUAGGCAACUCUUCGACGUUGCCGGCGGCGGACCGGAAACGGACGCUUUCAAACACCUUGCGGCUGCCUUCACAGUCCUCAGAUCCUUGGGCUCAGCGAAAACCGCUACGAACUCGGAGAGUUCAAGGAUAGGUCACUUCAUUGAAGUUCAAGUGACAGAUGGUGCUUUAUAUAGAACGAAAAUUCAUUGUUAUUUCCUAGACCAGACAAGAGUGAUCAGACCACUGUCAGAUGAAAAGAAUUAUCACAUAUUUUAUCAGAUGUUGGCUGGAUUAUCGCACGAUGAGCGAGUUAAAUUAAAUUUGGAAGGAUAUAAUCUCAAAAAUUUGAGGUAUCUUCAACAUGGUGACACGCGGCAGGAUGAAGCUGAAGAUGCCAUUCGAUUUCAAGCGUGGAAAGCUUGUUUAGGUGUUUUAGGCAUUCCAUUUUUGGACGUCGUAAGAGUACUGGCAGCGGUGCUCAUCCUCGGGAACGUCGGUUUCACAGAUGGUCCCGGUGUGGAAGUAGGCGUAAUUGGCGAGAACGAAUUAUCCUCUGUAGCUGCACUCCUGGGAGUUCCCCCGCCAGCUUUGUUACGAGGGCUCACCUCGAGGACUCACAAUGCGCGCGGCCAGCUCGUUAAAUCCGUCUGUGAUGCCAACAUGUCUAACAUGACCAGGGAUUCACUGGCAAAAGCACUUUAUUGCCGUACUGUGGCUACAAUAGUAAGACGUGCUAACAGUUUGAAGAGACUUGGUUCUACUCUCGGCACUCUUUCAUCAGAUUCCAAUGAAUCUGUUCAUAAUCAAGCAGAUGUUACUAGCCAACACGCCUCUACCAUUGGCAGUUCAGCAGGAGGAACAGGCUCCAGAAGCAUGACUGCUCUGAAUAACGCCGUACGACACGCCACGGAUGGUUUCAUCGGCAUCCUGGACAUGUUCGGGUUUGAGGAUCCUAAGCCAAGCCAGCUAGAGCACCUCUGCAUCAAUCUUUGCGCGGAGACGAUGCAGCACUUCUACAACACUCACAUAUUCAAGAGCUCUAUCGAGAGUUGCCGCGACGAAGGCAUCCGGUGCGACGUCGAAGUUGACUAUGUCGACAACGUGCCAUGCAUUGAUCUCAUUUCUUCCUUGCGUACCGGAUUAUUGAGUAUGUUAGAUGUAGAAGGUUCUAUACAUGGAACCGCAGAAAGUUACGUCGCCAAAGUGAAGGUGCAACACAAGCAAAAUCCUCGGUUAUUCGAACCAAGAACUGUCGACUGUAGAUCCUUCGGUAUUCAGCACUUUGCAGGAAGAGUCACCUACGACACUUCGGACUUCUUGGAUACAAAUAAAGACGUUGUGCCUGAUGAUCUGGUGGCAGUCUUUUACAAGCAUACUUGCAGUUUUGGAUUUGCAACGCAUUUAUUUGGUAGCGAAUUGAAAGCAUUAUACGCGAGCGAUACCGUACCAAGAGGCGUCAGUUUUCGGAUAUCACCGACUUCUCAUACCGAUCUUUUGAAUGGAGACGAGCCAAUAUCGACGUUGACUCAGGACUUUCAUACGAGGUUAGAUAAUCUCCUGAGGACUCUUGUCCAUGCUAGACCGCACUUCGUCAGAUGCAUCCGUAGCAAUAGCACCGAGACGCCGAUGCACCUCGACAGGGGAGUUACUAUGCGCCAGAUACGUUCGUUACAAGUCCUAGAAACAGUAAAUCUCAUGGCAGGAGGUAAGACAUUGAAACUCACUACGUGGAGAGGAUGGCGCGUACGAAAGAGAUGGCCUUUGAGAAGAACAACAUUAGGAAUAACAUCUGGCAUUGGUCAGAAGAAACCUCAACAACCACCUACCGGAACCAAUACCGGAACCGUUCAGAGGAAUGUCACCGCUGGUACAGGAACUGGAACUGGCACUCGUCCAAGACCGCAACCAAUCGCUGGUACACCUCCUCCUGAUCCUUCGGAAAAAUGCGCCGAUCAGAAAAUGAUCCAACAAACUUGUACCCUUUUUGGAUUAGAUUUAGAACGGCCGCCACCUGUCCCUCCUAGUAGAUCCUAUACUGUGACCGGAAACACAAAACUCGGUUAUCCGCAAACCAGGAUUAUGAAAAUGCCUUUUCCAGAAGAAGGCGAAGGUGAAGUAGUUCUGUUGAAAGGAGAAACAGUUUUAGUCAUAGGUGCAUCGCCCAGACGAGGCCAUCUUGUUGUGGAACAUAACAAUACCACUUUACAUGUGCCGUAUCAAUUUAUGGAGUUGAAACCUUGUAAUAUUAAUGUUUAAUGAUAUUUGCGCUGUUAUUUAUUUGAUUUUAUUUUU